AUGGAGGAGGCUCAGAGAGCGGAAGCGGCCCCGGCGGCCGCGCGGCGAGGUCUAGCCGGGCGAGCGGCACGGCGCCGCCAGGAGAGGGCGCCCGAGAGCCGGCGCGCGGGCCCAGCGGGGGCCCUUCCCUCCCCCGCCCGCUCAGGGUCCCCGCGCCGAGAGUUGGCGGGUCUUGGGGCAGCCCUGCCGCUGAGCUCAGUCAUUGGUGCCAUGCUGGACAGGGGCAGGCUGGGCAAGCAGUGGGCCAGCUCCGGCUGGAGGCUUCACGAAGGGCUUCCAAAGGGCCCGCGGCAGCCCCGUGGGGCUGGUAUAAAGCACCGUGACCGCCGGGCAGCGCCAGGGCUGGCAGGCAUCGGGGCCCAGCAGGGGGGCCCUCAAAGGUUUGCAGGCGGGCAGGCACGCAGCUUUGAGGACAGCACCCAGGGGAGCGUCUUCACCUACACCAGCAGCAGCUCCACCAGAGACCCCUUCGACGGCCCCAAUCACCACAUCGCUCGAUGGGUGUAUCAGCUCACCAGUGUCUGGAUGGUCUUUGUGGUCGUCGCCUCCAUCCUCACCAAUGGGCUCGUGCUGGCAGCCACCAUGAAGUUCAAGAAGCUGCGCCACCCUCUGAACUGGAUCCUGGUGAACUUGGCCAUCGCUGACCUGGCGGAGACGAUCAUUGCCGGCACCAUCAGCAUUGUGAACCAGAUGUACGGCUACUUUGUGCUGGGCCACCGCUUGUGCAUCGUGGAGGGCUACACUGUCUCCUUGUGUGGGAUCACCGGUCUCUGGUCCUUGGCCAUCAUUUCCUGGGAGAGGUGGAUGGUGGUCUGCAAGCCCUUUGGCAACGUGAGAUUUGAUGCCAAGCUGGCCAUCGCGGGCAUUGCCUUCUCCUGGAUCUGGGCUGCUGUGUGGGCAGCUCCACCCAUCUUUGGUUGGAGCAGGUACUGGCCCCACGGCCUGAAGACUUCGUGCGGCCCGGACGUGUUCAGCGGCAGCUCGUACCCCGGGGCGCAGUCUUACAUGAUCGUGCUCAUGACCACCUGCUGCUUCCUCCCGCUCAGCGUCAUCGUGCUCUGCUACCUGCAAGUGCGGCUGGCCAUCCGAGCGGUGGCGAAGCAGCAGAAAGAAUCCGAGUCCACCCAGAAGGCGGAGAAGGAGGUGACCCGCAUGGUGAUGGUGAUGAUCUUCGCGUACUGCCUCUGCUGGGGGCCCUACACAUUCUUUGCAUGCUUUGCCGCUGCCCACCCUGGCUAUGCCUUCCACCCUCUGGUGGCCGCCCUGCCAUCCUACUUCGCCAAAAGUGCCACUAUCUACAACCCCAUUAUCUAUGUCUUUAUGAACCGGCAGUUUCGAAGCUGCAGCUUGCAGCUUUUUGGGAAGAAGGUGGAAGACAGCUCUGAGCUCUCCAGCGUUUGCAAAGCAGAAGCUUCAUCUGUCUCUUCGAUCUCACCUGCCUGA